UGUUAACUGUAAAGAAGAUAUUUCAAGAAAUGUUAAUCCUACGAAGUAACUUGAUUGCAUUUUUUUUUAAAUUUGCGGUUCAGCUUAUCAACUUAAAGAAAACGUCAAAUUCACACGGUUAGAAUGUGUGACCGCGUUGUUCAAAUGGCAGAACUCGUCAAAUUAAGGUAAUUCAAUAUGUUUUAUUUAUAUUCAAGUAAAUAACAUUUAACGAAAUUUAGACCUUCGUUAUUCACUGAAUAUUGACUAUCUGUCAAAUUUCCAAAAAGAAGAAGAUAUUUUUUUUUAAUUUAAGAAAAAUAGAAUUAACACAAUUUUACUAAGCAUAGAUUUUAAAAUAAUUUAAUAUGGUUAAUGUAAUAGCUAUUUAAAAAUUGUUCAAAUAGGCUUUUGAAGGAUUGGAGAGUGCAGUGUGGAAUAUCUAUUUCAAGUUUUACUGUUAGUAUAGUUGUCGUAAUUCUUGUAUUGACAACUCAUCCCAGUCUUUCAGAUGCUACUUUUAAAACAGUAAGUAUAAGAAAUGUAUGGGUUUAUAUAUUAUAUAAGGAUAUCGCUUUAAAUGAAUUCAAUAUUGCUCAAUUAAAAUAUAUUAUUUUACCAGCCUCUGUAGUUAUUCAAGUAGAAUUAUUUUACUUAUUAUUGAUAUUUUUUUAGGUCAAAGACGUUAAGCAAAGUCACAACACUUUUACUGAAGCGAAAUGGGGAUUUGAUUACACCAGGCUUUCUGUUUGGCCACAAUGUAGGCAUUAAAAAAAAAUUAUCCAUCAACAUUACUCGUAAAGAGCUACGUGCCUAGCUGGCACGUCUUUUUACAAGAAUGGGAGGACACUUUUUCUUACUUUUUGCUACAACAGGUAGUGGAAGAAGAAAUAGCACCAAUUCAGUUUGAGCCGGUGUGCGUAGACUGUGCUAAACUUUUCAAAGACCCCUUCUCUGGACACUUAAAUGAUCCCAUCUUCAGGAAAUUGCAGAUUCAAAUCCGAGAUGGUCACCGACAGUGCUGCAUCAACGACACUGAUCAAAUGGCGAUACUUGUAAACAUGGUGAGUGUCAUUAUUUAA